AUGAUGGGUGUGCUGACUCCAAAGGAGGUACAGCCGUUGGUGACACCUCUUGAGGAUCUCCUCUGUGUUGGCAGAGAAUCUCAAGAGGUUGUCAAAGAUGGUGCCCAGGUAUUUGUAUUCCUCCUCCACCGGCUUCCCGUGGAUGAUGGUGGUGACUGCAGCAGCCGGGUCCCUCUGCCUACUGGAGAAGGUCAAGGUUAUGUGAACAUCUUUAAUCUGGCCAAAGUUUGGAAUUAA